AUACAAAAAUCCUUUACGCAUUACUUUCUAUAUGGUAUCACAGCCUUGAUCCAACUCCACUCAUUUUUUUUUUCGAGCCUUCUUCUUCUUCAUGGCUUCACCGCCACCUUCUCCCCAUACCGAGACCACCUCCGGCAACAUAUCCACUGAUGUUCAUGUUCCAAACACCUCGGAGCCCAACAAACCCCUUCUAUCUAUCAAUCUUGGGAAUGUUAUCAAACUUUCUCCCACAAAUUAUAUCUCUUGGAAACUACAAAUUCAAUCCAUUCUCACCGGCUAUGGCCUUGAAGGAUUCCUAGACGGAUCACAUCCGUGUCCUCCUGCCACUAUCACUUCCAAUGGUGUCAUCAAUCCCAACCCGGCUCAUGUCUCCUGGAUCCGCCAGGAUAAACUUCUUUUUGGUGCUCUCAUCGGUACUCUCACACCUUCUGUUGUUUCCCUUAUCACACGUGCCAACACCACUAAGGAUGCAUGGGAUACUCUUUCUUCCGUGUAUGCGCAACCCUCUCGUGGUCAUAUCAAACAACUCCGGUCUCAACUAAAAAAAUACACCAAAGGCUCCAAGACCAUUACCGAAUAUAUGCAUUUUAUUAAAACCGCUGCCGAUGAAUUAGCUCUUCUUGGGAAACCCUUGGAUCAUGAGGAUUUCAUUGAAACCAUUCUUGAUGGUCUUGAUGAAAGUUACAAAUCGGUUAUUGAUGCUGUUGAUGGUCGUAUUCAUUUAUUCCAGAAUUCAACUAAUUAUAUGUGUAGUGCAUGGUGGAGUCACAGAAGUUCCUACUCAGAUAUACUCGAUCUGUAUGAAUGGCUUAUUAUUUGUCUUCAUACUUGUCUAAAGAAUUUAUCAAGAUCCAGGAGAGUAAAGCUUUGAAGGAGAUGAUGAUCUAAGGAGAUUUUUGAGCAGAUUCGUGCUGAUAACGUGUUGUGAAAUGAAGAAGAUGCAGAACAGAUUAAAGAGAUAGAUAUAAUAAUAAAAGCUCUAAAUUAUUUAUUCUUAAUAUAUGAUAAUUUCUGAAUGAAUUUACAAGGUUUCACCAAGCUCCUAUUUAUAGUGAUUGAGCUUGAUGAUUAGUCAUCUAAAGGAUGACUCUACAGAUUUGGUGGCAAUAACAAAUUGAGCCAUCUGUUCUAAGUUGGUUACAAGGAUUGAUGCUAGAUUAGUGUCCUGAUUACAAGGAUGAAUAAUUCACACCUGUAAUUCCCAUGAUUUUACAACAAGAAGUAACUUUACAAUAAAC